AUGUGCCAACCCCCUCACCAGAUCAUGUAUGGAAUGGACUUCAGUGUUUUGAAAACCAUGUCGCAGCAGAGAUUUCAUGUUUGUUCCACGUGGCAGAGCUGUUCUGAUUCUGUGUACACAGUCGCAUUGCAAAAGCAGCUGUCCGGGAACACACUGCGAACGCCCUUCAGAUCCACCUCCUUCUCCCCAGACCGUCGCCCACUGGAAAACCAUCGCUCCAGUCAGCGCAUAGAGGAACAGUUCAUGUUGAACCCUAAGAAUCCUUGGGCUCUCCAUGGCAGGGGCCGGUUGAGGGCCCGGAUUUCCUUGGGAACAUCAUAUUGUGUGGUGCAAAGCACCAACAUGCACCAACUGUUGCCUAGUCUUUUGCAAUCUUUUGCCUCUCGGCUCCUGCGGCGAAAGCACCGCAUCUCGGAAGGGUGA